ACCACCAGAGGAAGAGCGGAGCUCCGGUCUGCCACUAUGCAUUUUACUGCCGUGUUCGCUGUCCUCGCCUUGUCAAUGGCCGUGCAAGCUGUACCCUCGGCCAGGACAUUCGCUUCGUCGCAGCAUCCGCAGCACAGCAUUCCUGCUCACAACCAGGAAUCUCAUCAGCACGUCUUCCCAGGCUUCCAGCAGAAUACCGCCAACCACGGCCAUCAGGUUCAUGUUGAGGAUGACUCCUCGGUCGCUGUUCUCGUCUGUCAGGUCGUCAAGGUUCCUACUGGACACCCUGUUCCUCGGCCAGCACCCGCCGUUCCAGCCACACCCCCAAUAGCUGCCGGCUCACCCUCUAUCCUAGUGUCUUCACAAGAGACUCUGUCAGACUUAUCCACCCGCGUCAGGACUGCCAUGGACAGCCUUGUGGAACCACUUGCCGCAGCCUUGCAGAAUGCUUCGCUGUGGCUGAACCAUACGUCGCAUCUCCAUCAGCAGCACCAACACAUGGCGGCCCAGCAUGAGCACGCUGGACAUAACCACCAGCAUGCUGGUCAUAACCACCACUCCCAUCAGCACAUGCAUGGCAGCCAGGUCACCCAGGCAGGAGCACAUGUACAUCAACACCAGCAUGGCGGGCACGCUAACCAGCACCCCCAUAACGAGCCCACCCACCAUGCUCACUCUGCUCAAGGCCAUCAAACCCAGCACGCUGUUCCCGCACCAGCCGUGCCGAUGACCGUAGUCUCCGUUCCUGUCAUGAUUCCAGCUGUACACGCUGGUUCCUUUCCCCUCGUGAACCUUUCGGCCGUCGUUCCUGCAGGCGUGGAUGUGUCUUCACUACCGUUGACUGGUACUGUCCGCAAUGCCACUUCCGUAGUAGGCACUUCUGCUGAAACGGUGCCCGGUACGCACAUCGUAGGACGCAGUGGUGACCCGCCCACGACCACGAGCGCAGCCACCCCCGUAACUCUGCCGUCGCGUGGGCCCUCCUCCAUGGCUGUUUCUCACAAGUUUCACGCCAGACAAGUAGCUACUCCUCCACCUAUUAUUCACGUACCAGUGUGCCCGGACUUCUGCUGCCGCCGCUAAUGUUGGUGCAUUGCCGGGAUUUUCGACAAGCCACUUAUCUGGUGACACUUCACGGCGCGUUGCCUGAGCUGAGCCUACGUUUAUAGCUAUUUUCAGGAGUAUAGGCCCAUUUAUAUAUGUAUUGUCACUUCAUUUGUGGGCUGAAUGAGUUUUUAGGCUGACAGAUGGUGCAUGUAUUUGAAUCGGCAAUAAAGAGACCGCUUUUAUACAUG